UUGCCACGUUAACUAAUCAAACGAAAACAUCUUAAGGUUAGGUUGGUUAUAUGAUUGUUUCAUUUUCACUAAAAAAUUGUGUUGCGUUAUCAUUAUCGAACAAGUGGUCAAAGUCUAUAAAUAAUUAAUUCUGUACUUGAAAAACAGUGUAGAUUCACUCAGUUCUCCAUUAACUUUUGUGACUACUGUGUUGAUAAAAGAUAUCUCAAAAAUGAGUCGCGUAUUUGUGAUUGGUGUCGGAAUGACAAAAUUUGAGAAGCCAGGAAAAAAGGCAGGCGACUAUCCACAAUGGGGCAAGGAAGCAAUUUUGUCUGCCCUUGAAGAUUCAAAGGUGAAUAUUGCUGACGUUCAAUUGGCAACCGCAGGCUUCGUCUACGGAGAUUCUACUUGCGGCCAGAGGGUUAUAUACGAGGUAGGAAUGCACGGCAUUCCCAUAUUCAAUGUAAACAACAAUUGUUCCACCGGUUCCAGUGCACUCAUGCUAGCGAAGGAAAUGGUGGAAUCGGGAAAGUGCGAUUGCGCCCUGGCAGUAGGUUUCGAAAAAAUGGAAAGAGGCAGUUUGGAGCCCAAAUUCAAUGAUCGCACAAAUCCAAUGGAUAAGCAUGUAGAAGCUAUGGCUGAACUGGUCGAUAUCGAGGCUGCUCCAAUAGCUGCUCAAAUGUUUGGUAACACUGGAAUCGAACAUAUGAAAAAGUAUGGAACUAAACCUGAGCAUUUUGCCAAGAUUGCUUAUAAAAAUCACAAACAUUCCGUUAACAAUCCCAAUAGCCAAUUCCGUGACGAAUAUUCUUUGGAACAAAUUAUGAAAUCACCGAAAGUAUAUGGUCCACUGACAAAACUCCAGUGUUGUCCUACAAGUGAUGGCGCGGCUGCCGUUAUAAUAGCAUCAGAGCGUUUUGUUAAAAGUCGUGGUCUUGAGUCAAAGGCAGUAGAGAUACUGGGAAUCGAGAUGGCCACAGAUUUAGCUACAACUUUCACUGAUAAAAGCCACAUGAAAAUUAUCGGGUACGAUAUGACUAAACUUGCUGCUGAAAAGUUAUUCAAAAAAACAAAUAGGAAACCCACCGACGUACAAGUUGUAGAACUUCACGAUUGUUUUUCUGCUAACGAACUUGUUACUUACGAAGCCCUAGGUUUGUGUCCUCCCGGUAAAGCAGGAGAACUGAUAGACCGAGGUGACAAUACUUACGGUGGUAAAUAUGUUGUCAACCCUAGCGGAGGACUUAUUUCUAAAGGACAUCCUUUAGGAGCUACAGGAUUGGCACAGUGUGCUGAAUUAUGUUGGCAACUGAGGGGUGAGGCAGGGUUACGUCAGGUCCCUGGUGCCAAGUUGGCUCUACAACAUAAUAUUGGAAUAGGAGGUGCUGUAGUAGUGGCGCUAUACCAACUCGGUUUCCCGCAAAACCAAAACAAAGGUUAUGAAGGUCCUAAGACAGAAGGUUCAGUUGGUGAUGAAGGUUUCAUUGUGACUCCCUACCUGAAAAUUCUACAGCAAGCUAUGGAUGAAGAUGAAGAUGGCCUUGUUAACAACCACAGAGCAAUAUACGGAUUGAAAGUUGUUAAACCUAAUGGCGAAACUGGAUACUGGGUUAUCAAUUGCAUGACCGGAAAAGGUAAAAUUGAAUUCAACGGUAAAGAUAAACCACAAGUUACAUUCAUAGUUAAAGAUGGGGAUGUUAUGGAAUUGCUCACGGGAAAAAUUCCUCCACAAAAAGCAUUUUUCCAAGGAAAGGUCAAGAUUCAAGGAAAUAUUGGGAUCGCUAUGAAACUGAUUGAGUUGCAGAAAACUGCUGCCAAAAAAAUUGAAGUUUUGAGAGCCAAAUUGUAAAAUCAAUACUCUUAUUUUAUACUCUUGAGCUAUUUGGAUAAAAACUAUAAAUUAUUUCCUAGCAUCCAAAAAAAAUGUAGGUAUAUGAAAACAAAGUUAUUCCAUUUUUUUAUUUUAAAAAUUACUUGUAUGGCAACUCUAAAAGUUAUUUGUUUUUUGAAUAUUUUUUGUUGUUUUAUAUUUUGUUGAAGUCUACUUGUUUAUAAUGAUUCAAGUAUUGUCAUUGUCCCUUAUCUAUCUGAUAGAUAUUUUUAAACUCUUACAAUUUUAUAUUUCUUUGGGUUCAUUCUGUAUGAUUUUUUCUGAUAUUUAUCAAUUAAGUUUCAGACCUGUUUACCUACUCAAUACUGAAACUGUCAUAUAAUAAUAUAUUUAGUUAUUCUUAAUAAUGCAUUUUAAUAUAUGAAGUGGUUUAUUAGUCUGAUAAUGAUAUUUGUAUAUGGGACAAUCAACAUAUGUUAGUUUUUUACUUCUUAUUUUUUGUUAUGGAUAUUUUGUACUGUGUUGAAGUGAUAUUUUAAUAAAAUACAGCAAUUAUAAUUGUU